AUGAGACACAAAUCAAGAUGCAUAAAAUGUUCAGGUAUGUAUAUACCUAGGCAUUUCUCCAGGAAGGAUUUAAAAGAUUCUUAUCUUGAUCCAUCAACAACGGUCGAGGAAACGUUCCAACAAAAGCUUGUCAAUUUAGCACAAGAGAAACAAGCAAGAGACACCUUUUUAAGUGGAUCCAUUACCAAAAUGAGGACAAUGGUAGUACAAUUAGUUGACGUAGGUAAAGGUUUUGCUGGAAUGGUAGAUCAUUCUGCUGAAAUGGGUAAAGUCCUUAUUGAAAUGAGUAAAGUCCUUGAUGAAAUGAGUAGAGAAAUUGCUGGCAUGAGUGAAGAACUUGCCGGAAUGGUUGAAAAGUCUACUGGAAAAGCUGAAGAGUCUGCUGGGAAGAUCGAAAAGUUUGCUGGAAUCACUCAACGGAUGAAGGCUGCAAUUAAGGAACUUGACCAAGUUGUCAUCCCAGUUACUGAGCCGAUAGUUGCUGCGCAAUCAGAUGUCAAUAAUUCAACGUGGAGAGAUAGAAGCAAGAACAACAAGAGGGGCAAGAAGUAA